GCAAUUAGGACAGAAACAAAACCUCAUAGCUCGGGGAGAACCCAGCAGGUCUGUGGUGGUAUACUUGAGAGCCCACUUACCUGCAACUGAUGCAUUAUAAGGUUUGCUUAAAGCUGGGUUUACCGAUAAUUAGAUCCUCAGGGAUUAGAGUGAAGCCAGACAGUAACAGAAAUGCCUGGCUUCUGAGGGGCUCUGAGUUUCCAGACCCUUCCUCCCACCUGCCACUAGUCUCUGUUCUUAUGUGGGCAGGAAGGGAUCUCAAAGCAGAAAUUUGGCCUGAACUGGGGACUUGGGGGGUUGAUAACUGAACCACCAAUACCAGUGGAUACUGUGUUUGGAGGAACUGAGGCUGACCCCCAAACACAGCCAUAGGGCAGAAGCUAAGGGCAGAAGCAGGGGUCCAGACCCUCCCCAGGCUCCACUGAUCAUUGUAAACUGCAAGCUGUAGGGAGUCCUUGAGAAUUGGGAGGGCGCCUCUUCAACCACGGUGAAGCCAGCUGACCCUGCCUUGGCGGAAAAGUCACUGUGUCCUGCCCCAGAUAUCAGACCUUGUUUCUGGUUCUGAUUUCUGACUUUUUAAAUAAGGUUUCUCCUACAGAUGGCAACAUAAUGAAUCUCUUCUAGUGAUACAUUAAUAUGCUUUUAUGGUGGGGGGGGCGUAUGCUUCGACGAAGGGCAGAAGUCAAUCAGAUCACUGUUUCUUAUUCAGCAAAUGUUGACUGAGCACCCACUCAGUUUCCAGGCCAGUGCUGGACAAAACAGCAAGCCCCUGCUCUCUUGGGGUUCAUAGCCUGUGCUCCAGUGGGGGUCCAGUGACUGUCCCUAUCCCUGCUUCUCUUCUGUAGAAGGUGUGGUGUUAAGGAGUUAGAGAAUACUGGAUUCAAAUUCCAGCUUUGUCAUUGACUAGCUGUGUGACCUUGGGCAAGUCACUUAACCUUUCUGAGGCGUAGAUUCUCCAUCUAUUCAAAAGAAGCCAUGAAAGGGCGCCUGGGUGGCUCAGUGGGUUAAAGCCUCUCGCUUUGGCUCAGGUCAUGACACCAGCGUCCUGGGAUUGAGCCCCACAUCUGGCUCUCUGCUCGGCAGGGAGCCUGCUUCCCUUCCUCUCUCUCUGCCUGCCUCUCUGCCUACUUGUGAUCUCUGUCUGUCAAAUAAAUAAAUAAAAUCUUAAAAAAACAAAAAAACAAAAAAGAAGCCAUGAAGGCCUGCAAAGCAGGGUUGCUCCAAGGAGUCAAAUGCAGAGAGAGAAGGCUAGUUGUCGGGCAGCUGACAUGGAGAGUGGCACACAGUAGGUGUCCUCUCACUUGGGAUCGUAUGGGUGGGAGAACAUGCAGUAGGCUACCCCAGCCUCCAGAAGACCUGACGGUCCUAGGCUUCGCUGGCCCAAGGCUGCGGCUGAUGGGGAGCCUCAGUUCAGAGUGAUAAUCCUGAAUCAUGUCCAAACCCUUACUCUGCGCUAAACUCUUGGAGGGUGCUGGAUGCUGUGUAAGGGGGCCUGUGGCCUCCUCACCACAGUACGGACAGCUGAAGGGUCGCCAGCUCCAGUUUAGAAGUGGGAAACUGAGGCUCAGCCAAAGUCAGGGACUUGCUUGAAACAUCUCCUGGGGGAGUAGUGGGGGAAUGGCUCUGCCCAGAUGGCUGUCCUUCCCACACCAGUCACUAGAGGGCGCUGAUGCUCACCAUAAACAGUUUGACGGUUCUCACCGCCUUCCAGCAGCGGCCGUCAAAUGCCCUGGAGCUAAGAGGGUAAGAAUUGUCUGACCCCGGGGUGCUGCACCCUGCUGGGAGUAGAAAGUAGACCCCCAGGCCUGAAAGAAAGAGAGGAGAAAAGGGGAGCUGAAGGUGGGGGCUUGAGGACCCCUGGGGCUUUUCCCACUGAGAGGGGGGCCCAUUCUCCAGCUCACCCCUUUGAAUCUACCUGUCUAGUCUCUCUCCUCAGCGUGCGUCUAUCUGUCUGCCCUCGAUCUCUUGUGUCUGUUCUGUGUCUCUCUGCAUCUUCCUCUCUCACUCUCUCUCCGUACACUGAUUUCUCUCCGUGAUUCUUUCUCUGUGCAGUGUGUGCGUGUCUGGCUCGGUGUGUCUCUGUUCUUUCUGCCUCGGCUUUGUCUCUCUGAGUAUGUCUCUGCCUUCACAGUUCGUCUUGUUAUGUCUCUCCCUCUCUGUGUCUUUCUCUCUGGUUUUCACGGCCACUGUCCCUUUUUGUUUCUCUGUCUCUGUCUCGCUCAGUUGCCUGUCCUGUCCCUCGCAGCCACCACCGCCCAGCACAUGGGGGCUCUGGAUCUCGGUCCCUUUCCUCCUAUCUCCUCUCCCCAGGCAGCAGGCUCACAAGCUUCCCAGUUCUGGCCUCCCUGCCCGCCCCUCUCAGGCCUGGGGGGAGGGGGGGCGAGGGAGGAAGGGAGGGCAGCCUGGUGGGCCCACCCCUUUUUGCCUUUCCAGGCUGGGAGGCUGGGCCAGUGGGCCUUUUAACAGGCACCGGGGAGGCUGUGCUGGGCAGACACCAGCUCCAGACUUCGGUGCCUGGCCCCUCCGUGGUCCCAGCAGCCACCAGACCGGCCAGCCCAGCCCAGCAUGCAGCAGCAACAGCCCCUACCCGGGCCCUUGGCCCCCGCGGCCGAGCCGACCAAGCCCCCCUACAGCUACAUAGCUCUGAUCGCCAUGGCCAUCCAGAGCUCCCCCGGUCAGCGGGCCACACUCAGUGGCAUUUACCGCUACAUCAUGGGCCGCUUCGCCUUCUACCGCCACAACCGGCCCGGCUGGCAGAAUAGCAUCCGCCACAACCUGUCGCUCAAUGAGUGCUUCGUCAAGGUGCCCCGCGAUGACCGCAAGCCGGGUAAGGGCAGCUACUGGACGCUGGACCCCGACUGUCACGACAUGUUUGAGCACGGCAGCUUCCUGCGCCGACGCCGACGCUUCACCCGGCGAGCAGGUGCCGAGGGAACCAAGGGCCCUGCCAAGGCACGCCGCGGACCCCACCGAGUGGGCAGCCAGGAUCCAGGAGCCCCCGACGCCUUGACUGGAAGGCAGUGCCCAUUCCUGCCAGAGCUGCCAGAACCCAAGGGCCUAAGCUUUGGGGGUCUACUAGGGGCCUUGCCAGCUAGCAUGUGCUCUACAACCCUGGAUGCCGGGCCCCAGCCACCCACGGAGCUCAAAGAGAUGCCCACACCUAAGCCUGCAGGCCUGGGGGAGCUCCCUGUGGCCCCCUCGUCUUCCCCCUGCCCAGCAUUUGGUUUUUCUGUGGGCUUCUCUGAGGCCAAGGGUUUUAGCAAGGCCCCCACACCCAUCCUGACUCCAGAGGCAGGCAUUGGAGGCAGCUACCAGUGCCGGCUGCAGGCACUGAAUUUCUGCAUGGGGACCGAUCCAGGCCUUGAGCACCUCUUGGCCUCAGCAGCCCCCUCUCCGGCGCCACCCACCCCUCCAGCCUCACUGCGGGCCCCACUGCCCCUGCCAGCUGACCCCAAGGAACCUUGGGUUGCAGGCAGUUUCCCUGUCCAGGGAGGCUCCAGCUACCCACUGGGGCUGACCCCCUGCCUAUACCGGACACCAGGAAUGUUCUUCUUUGAGUGAAGCCAACCUGGCCUCGGGCAGUCCCUGCGGGGCCCCCCUGCCAACUACACCCUCCAGGCUGAGCCUGACUCAAGGAUCUGGGGAGCUUUCAAGGGACCCAGGCCUGGCAAGCCAACGAGCGGGACAGGAAGCCAAGAUUGGAGUAGUGAACACUCAGCCAGCUCCCGGGGCCUCUGGACAGACUUGAGGGAGAGGGGAGGCAGGGCCCUCUUGGGAUUUACUCUGUGGCUCUCAGGGCCAAUAAAACCAGUGUGACGGUGAA